AUGACUUCUGAAAGCAGCUCUUUCAUGAAGGGUGUGGUGCUCGGAGGGGCCUUCUGCAUGUUGGUGACGCUCCUCGGACACAUUAAGGUGGGCCACGGGACUAGAGCCCGUCACCACGAGCACCAUCACAUCCAGGCUCCUAACAAAGCAGAUGUGCUAAACCUUUCAGAAGGUGAACGCCUGGAGCUUAGCAAGAGCGUCCGUGUUUACUGUAUUAUCCUGGUGAAACCCAAAGAUCUGGGGCACUGGGCUGCGGUGAAAGAGACGUGGAGCAAGCACUGCGACAGGGCGGAGUUCUACAGCUCCGAGAAGGUCAAAGUGUUUGAUUCUGUGGCCGUCAACACCAACGACAUGUGGGUGAUGAUGAGGAAGGCCUACAAGAUCACGUACGAGCGCUAUAAGGAUGAGUUCAGCUGGUUCUUCCUGGCCUACCCGACGACGUUUGCUAUCAUUGAAAACCUCAAGUACUUCUUGCUGAAGAAAGACCCCUCGCAGCCGUUUUACACCGGCCACACCGUGAGAUCCGGUGACCUCGAGUACGUCGACGGCGAGGGAGGGAUCGUCCUGAGCGUGGAAUCGCUGCGCCGCCUCGCCGGCGUCCUGGAGGACCCCGACAAGUGCCCGGAGCAGGGGGGGAUGAUCUGGAAGCUGGCCGAGGACAAGCAGCUGGCCAUCUGCCUGAAGUACACGGGCGUGUUCGCCGAGAACGCGGAGGACUCGGAGGGGAAGGACGUCUUCAACACCAAGCCGGUGGGCGCGCUCAUUAAGGAGGCCAUGUCCAGCCACCCCCAGCAGGUGGUGGAGGGCUGCUGCUCCGACACGGCCGUCACCUUCAGCGGCCUGGCCCCCAACCACAUGCACGUGAUGAUGUACGGCGUGUACCGGCUGCGGCCCUACGGCCACACCUACGACGACGCCCUCGUCUUCCUGCCCCCCGAGGGCUCGGACAACGACUGA